GCCAAGUCAGGAGACGAGGUGCUGGGUCCCGGGUGGGAGCCACUUCCUGCCCCGCGGUCGGCCCGGCUCUCGGCCUCCGAGUCCCUCCGCACAGGAGCUCCUGCCCGAGGCGUCCUCUCGCCUUCGGAAGCUGCUCCGUGAAGGACCCUUGCUUCCCCCGCUCAGGCGGGUGUCCUAGUUACUCCUCGGAAUAGGGCAGUCUCCUGCUUCAGACUGAGGAUUCCCGGAGGCCAAGACCUGUCUCCCCUCGAGACUUGUGCUCCUGGAGCCGAAAUCUUGUCUCUUCUCUUCGAAACUGCCUUUCGCGUUCCCUAACCCCGCCAGAUAUUGAAGCGUGAGAACCCACCCGGAAAGCGCCGGGACUCGCACUUUCUGCGCACGCUCAGAAGUGACCGCCCCCCCACCAUGACUACGGAGUCGUGAAAGGAUGCCGUAAAGCCGCAAUGACUUCUGGGCAAUGAAGUCCUGCCUGUGGAUUGGCUGUCUGAUGGAGGAGCUUCCUUGUGGUUGGGUGUUCUGAGACCAUCCUUAAAAGGGCCACUUCUCAUUCGUCAGCCGCAGGCAGCCUAGACCCCGAAGGACGAUUCCCAGCCGUCGUCUCCACCUCUUACUUUCCUUCCCCUGUCUCUGCCGCUGACCCCUUGAGGCUCGGUCCCCCUCUCCCCGCAGCCUCCACCGAAGCGCCAUGGCUCCCAGGAAGCGUGGUAGUCGGACGAACAAGACCAACUCGUUACGGAGCCAAAAGCUCGCCUCCUUUCUUAAGGACUUCGACCGUGAAGUGCAAGUACGAAUCAAGCAAAUUGAGUCAGACAGGCAGAACCUUCUCAAGGAGGUGGAUAACCUGUACAACAUCGAGAUCCUACGGCUCCCCAAGGCUGUGCGCGAGAUGAACUGGCUUGACUACUUCGCCCUUGGAGGAAACAAACAGGCCCUGGAAGAGGCAGCAACAGCUGAUGUGGAUAUCACAGAAAUAAACAAACUAACUGCAGAAGCUAUCCAGACUCCCCUGAAAUCUUCCAAAGCACGAAAGGUAUUACAAGUGGAUGAAAUGAUAAUGGAAGAAGAAGAGGAGGAGGAAAAUAAACAUAAGAAUCUUCAAACUUCAAGAGUCAAAAGGUGUCCUCCAUCUAAGAAGAGAACCCAGUCCGUACAAGGAAAAGGCAAAAGCAAAAGAUCAAGCCACAACAGCAAUGUGACCCCAGCUGUAAGCAGAUUAGAGUUGUCUAUGGUGAAACCAACUCCAUGCCUGACGCCCAGGUUUGACUCCAGGGUCUUCAAGGCCCCAGGCCUGCGCACGCCAACAGCCAGAGAGCAGAUUUACAGCAUCUCUGCCAAUGGCAGCCCUCUUGCUGAUGGCAAAGAGAUCUCCCUGACUGUGCCAGUGGGCGGCGGAGCGAGUAUGCGGUUAUUGGCCAGUGACUUGCAGAGGAUUGAUAUCACACAGCUGCAUCCAGAGGCUUUAGGGGACAUUAAGAAGCUCUCGAGUCAUCUCGCCCAAAUCUGCAGCAGCAUACGAUCCCACAAGUGAGACUGUACAGGCUGUAGCAGUGACCAUGGCAGCAGAAUGUGUACAUCUCCCUCCUGUUACCCACCAUCUCCUCCUCUGUUGAUGCAGGGUACUGGGUGGGGCCUUGGAAUCUUUUACCUGCUGUGCCUAAUAGUCCUUGUCAAGCUGACGUGUGGAACAGAGUUUUGUGCUUAUCAAAGACCAAAAACUGGUUUGGAGGCAGCUUCCAUGUCUUGUAUUUCUACCUCUCUAGUUAGUGGGGAUUUGGAGAAGCGAAUUACAGGGCUUAGAAUAGUCUAGGAGUUUAAGUGACUGGCUGCAGAGUAACCAUCCCUAUGCUGUCUGUGGUCCAGUGUCCCUGCCAGGUCUGUGGACUCCGCAGAGAGCACUUCUCUCAAUGGGAUCACUGGGAGGGCCAGGGUGCCUUGUCUGGUGAUAUUGUUAUGCGUUUAGCUCAUGCUGAGGGCACAGACUAGUUGUGUGGAGUCAGCAGUUACAGCCUUGUGCUCUGAGCAGAGCCUCUGGACCCCAAAGGGCCACAUACUAUGGUCCAGGAAUUUUGGGAACUAGGAUUAUUACUCCUGGCUUGCAGGCACGCAGCUCCCUCUCUUGCGUCUGGCUCUUUAGUCAUCUUUUGUGUUAUUAACUCGGUCCUAUACAGGCUGGUUGUUGCAAGUUGCUUUAUUCUCCUUUUCAUGAGACUUUUUGUACAUAUUGUUUUCCUAGUAAUGGUAUGUCCAAGCUGAUUUGUUCAAAUCAGAGCUACUGCGAGAUACUGCUUUCAAUAAAUUUUGAUUUUGUUUUUUAA